AUGAAAUGUUAGAGUGUUCGUAAGACGUAUGUAAACGGCAAACGGAUGGAUGGACGGAUGAACGUGCAGUGCAGUUCGUGCAGUUGGUUGACUUGCAUUGACUUGGUUGAGUGCAAUCGGUGCAGCCGCAGUUCGAGAACGGGGGCUUCGGAGUAUGUAGUCGGAUGAACGUACCACUCGGAUAGCUGACUGUAGCUGACUACAGUGUCAUCGCGUCGGUGCGGGUCAUUUUGUGGGAAGCAAGAAGCGUAGACGAGCGUCGAAGUCGAAAGUUCGAAAAGGAGCAAGCGUUUCCUACUAUGUCUGGUAGAGAAUUGAUACGCGUCGCGUUACGAUCGACGUUGCCCGCCUGGCCAAGGGGAUCCACGAUGUAGCCUCUUUCGUGGUCUCGAUUUUAUUUAUUCUUCAUCGAUGUUCCAAGAAGUAUCGUUGGGAGCAUUUCGUGCAACAUUUUCGAAGACUAGUCGCAUGAAAUCUCUUCGAGUGGUUCUCGUAACAACGUUCGCCUAUUGCCGUAUCACCUCUGCCCGUUACUUUAUAUGUUUUCGUUCCCGUUCGCGUUCUCGUCUCAUCUCCAAGUGCCUUUUCUCUCCCUCCGAUACUUUUGAUUCAUUGUUUUCUCGAUCCGAAAAUCGAGUCGUGAAAGCCAGUACAUGCUCGCCCAGUGACAUACCCCGCGAUAUCUCUGUCAAUUCGGACAGGCGACUCGCUUACGCCGCAAUAUCGUUCAAAAAUUGACAAAGUUUUCCUUCGAGGGAAGAUUCAUUCCGAAGAUUCAUUCCGAAAAUAAUGAUAGACGAUGCACACGAGAUCGAUGGUCGCGUGAUCGGAGCAAUGUAAUUUUUGUCAUCUCCUCGCUACUUACGCGGAGCAAAUUGUAAACGAAUUUUCUCGUGAAGCUGUUUGUAACCGUUUUACGAGAAAUCAUCCCUUCAACAAACGUUUCUCUUGAUCAAACUAUGACGCGUUAUUUCAAUGUCAACUGGUUAUAAAUACGCGGAAUACGUUACGGUGUAUUCCUACCGAAUGCACACGCGUCAAAUCGAAAAGGAGAUGAACGAAGCUAGCUCUUGUCCAAGUGCUGCGACAUAAUUAGAAAUGUAUCCGAAAGACAGAAUGAACGUCGUCAGAGUUCACGCAUUGUUGAUCGUCUAACGACAACACGCUGCUGAAAUUUCGAUCGUUUCCAGAUACAGGGUGGACGAUUCGUUUAAGAAUGCGUAAAACUUUGUUUUGAAUGGACCGUCGUCUCGUGGACUGAAGACCAGAUGGCAAACUGAAAGGCAGAGUGUCCUCGUUCGAUACGUAGAAUAAAAGAAAAAGAUGUCCCAAUUAAGUAUCAAUUCAGGAAAAAGAGGGAGGAGUGUUGCAAGCUCCUCUGCGUCUACUGUAUCGUCGCUGAGCAGCUCGACCGAUCUAGCCAGCCUUUUCGAGUGCCCGGUUUGUUUUGAUUACGUUCUUCCACCGAUCUUACAAUGCCAGAGCGGACACCUCGUUUGUAGCAAUUGUAGACCGAAGCUCAACUGCUGUCCUACCUGUAGAGGCCCGUUAGGUAAUAUCCGCAAUCUGGCCAUGGAGAAGGUAGCAGGAAACGUGAUGUUCCCUUGCAAAUAUUCAACGAGCGGUUGCACCGUUUCACUGGUACACACCGAGAAAGCAGAUCACGAAGAUGCGUGCGAAUUCCGUCCAUACAGUUGUCCUUGCCCAGGCGCUUCCUGUAAGUGGCAAGGAUCCCUCGAACAAGUGAUGCCCCAUCUCGUCAUGAGUCACAAGAGCAUCACGACUCUCCAAGGGGAAGACAUCGUUUUUUUGGCGACCGAUAUCAAUCUCCCUGGUGCGGUAGACUGGGUAAUGAUGCAGUCUUGUUUCGGUCAUCACUUCAUGCUGGUGCUUGAGAAACAAGAAAAAUACGACGGACAUCAGCAAUUCUUCGCGAUCGUUCAAUUGAUCGGCUCGAGGAAACAGGCGGAAAACUUUGCUUAUAGAUUAGAAUUGAACGGACACAAAAGACGCCUGACGUGGGAAGCCAUGCCGCGUUCCAUUCACGAAGGCGUGUCGUCGGCGAUUUUAAAUUCGGAUUGCCUCGUGUUCGACACGUCGAUCGCGCAACUAUUUGCUGACAACGGAAAUCUAGGAAUCAAUGUUACAAUUUCUAUGGCAUGAGGAAAGCUGGAGAAAGCGGUGUGAAAUUUUUUAGCGCGAUCAUCGAUCGUUCUUUCGACCAUGAUUCGAUCGUCUUCUCGAGGAUUGCAUGUUAUGUACAUAUAGCAUUUUUUUGUACGUUACCACAGAUAUUAUAAAUACGAUCAUCGAUACGGACGUUAGGAAAUGUUUGGAACGUGUUUGGAGGCACAGCGAUCGAGUUGAUUGAGUUAUAUACGAUAUACGACAGGACCUCUCUUUAGAAGCUUUAAAGCGUUACUUCUAUGUGAUAUUAAUGCUACAGGUUCGUACAUCAAACGACCUGUCGAUCUAUUUAUUUUGAUGUGAAAGCUGUAGCCAAUCAAGUGACGAUGACUAAAACGAUCCGCUCGAUUCCAAUACGUAUCCGACGCCCAUUGCGUACUGUUAAUCAUCUUCUUUUACUUAAUCCAUUAGUUACUCUUCCGUCUCACGGCGAGAACCGAUCUUUUUUUUUUUAAAUCUCGAUGCUUUGUAUUUUAUGCGACGUCCUUUAUAGGUAUAACGUUAUAUGUUAUGGAAAGAAAUAUAGUUUUCGUCCAAGUGUAA